CAGUCAGUCCUGUGUUGAACCGCUUGUGUGACAGUCAACCAGUCAGUCAACCAAUAUUCUUUCAUCCAGCAACCCAACCAGUCAUUCAAUCAUCCAGUCAGUCAUCCAUUUUUUUUUUAUACAAGAGAAUGGUAUUGUUUCCUAUCCCUCGUGUCCUCCUCCUCCUUUUCCUCCUCCUCCCCCUCUUCCUCUUCGUCAAUAUGUCUCUCUGCUUCAAUAUUCCUCCUCCUCCUCCCCCUUCUCUCCUCCAUACCUCCCCUGCUCCUCAUCCCUGGCAUCCUCCUCCUCCUCCUCCUGCUCUUCCUCAUUUAUCUUCCUUGUUUCAUCCUCCUCCUCCUCCUCCUUCUCCUUCUGUUUCUCCUUCUUCUGUAUCUUCUAUUCCUCCUUCCUCCUCCUCCUCCUCUACUUCCCUUCCUUCUUCUCCCUCUCCCUCUUCUUCCUCCUUCUCUACCUCUUUUCCCUCCUCCUCAUCCUCAUCUUUCCCUACCACAAUCAUCACCACCACCACCACCACCCAACACUCCCACGUACCACCACACAUUCUAGCACUCCUUGAUCAACUCCAACCCUACAACACCACCACCACCACCACCACCUCCACCACUGGCUGCCUCCCCCCUCUACCCCGCUCCGCCACCCCCCUCCCGGUACUGAGUUUGGGCCCUAUAUCGGAAGGGUUCCAAUACGCUGUGCCGUUGAUAAGGGUUCCCAGCAUGCAGGAAUUCACCAUCUGUCUGAGAUUCCAAGCCGAAAACACCACUACAGCGAACUUCCUCCUGUCCUACGCAACAAGGGGCCAAGACAACGCAAUGGUAGUCUUCGUGAGCCCCUCGGCCCGGCCUGGCGUGGGGGUGUACGUGAACAACCAGCGGGCGAAGGGCAGGAUCGAGGUGCUGGAGGGCGUGUGGUACGGGCUGUGUGUGUCCUGGGCGGCGGAUACUGGCAAGGUGGUCAUGUUCGUUGAUGGGGAGAAAGUUAUGGAGAAAAAGAAGUGCACGGGCUGCGAGGUGGCCGGAGACGGGGUGGUCGUGAUCGGCGUGGAACAGGACACAAGGGGGGGUGGCUUCAAGGCUGCUCAGGUCUCCCACGCCCUUGUAACGUCUCUGAACCUAUGGGCUACGGCGCUUCCCUACCCGAGACUUGUGUACCAUUCGCAGUGUUUUGGGCAGAAGGAGCAGGAGGAGGAGGAGGAGGAGGAGGGGAUGAAAGAAGAGCAACUGGACGAGGAAGAAGAAGAGGAGGAGAGAGAGGAGGCGAAAGAAGAGGAACUGGAAGAAAGGAAAGAUUUAGAGACUGACGAGGCGAAGAAAGAGGAAGAGGAGGAGAGAGAGGAGGCAAAAAAAGAGGAACUGGUAGAAAGGAAAGAUUUAGAGACUGACGAGACGAAGAAAGAGAAGAAGAAAGAGGAAGAGGAGGAGGAGGAGGAGGAAGAGGAGAGGAUAAUCUCAUGGGGUAAAACGCCUCUUGCUGUCAUGGGAGGAGCUCUAUUGAUACCUCUCCUGCCUCCGUGAUAGAUAAAUAGAUAGAUAGAUAGUGUUACGAAAUAAGUCCCUUUCUAAUGCUCAUAUGGGUACAGAAUGCCACGAAAUAACUCCCGAAUACUUAAUGAUGCCAAAUAAACCCCUUAAACAAAUAAAUAGAUAGAUAAAAGUGUUGCCAAAUAGGUCCCUUUCGAAUGCUCAUAUGGGUACAGAAGGCCACGAAAUAACUCCCGAAUACAGAAUGCUGCUAAAUAAAUCCCUUUCCUACACAUAUAGAUAGACAGAUAGAUAAUGUUGCCAAAUAAGUCCCCUUUUAAUGCUCAUAUAGGUACAGAAUACCACGAAAUAACUCCUGAAUACUGAAUGCGCUACGAAAUAAGUCCCUUUCUUAGACCAAUUAUAGAUAAAAUUAUAGAUACAAAUAAAGACAGAUCUCUG